AUGACUCUUCCCAUCAUCAUCUCAAACAACUUGUCGGAAACACAAGAAGCGAGAGUUGUCAAAGUGGUGAAGCAACAUAUAUUGGCGAUCAGUUGGCAAAUUUCGGACAUCCGAGGAAUUAGUCCCUCGGUGGUCAUGCACAAGAUCCACCUAGAAAAUGAGUCAAGAGCAUCGGCUCAAAGACAACGGCGUUUGAAUCCAAAUAUGAAGGAGGUCGUGCACAAGGAGAUAGUAAAACUUCUCGACGCCGGAAUUAUAUACCCCAUAUCCGAUAGUGCAUGGGUUAGUCCCAUUCAAUGCGUUCCAAAGAAAGGGGGGAUGACGGUGAUUGAGAACGAGAAGGGUGAGCAAAUUUCCACUAGGACGGUAACGGGAUGGCGUGUUUGUAUUGACUACCGCAAGUUGAAUACGGAGACGAGGAAGGACCAUUUUCCGUUACCAUUUAUCGAUCAAAUGUUGGAGCGGGUAGCGGGCCACGCUUAUUAUUGUUUUCUCGAUGGAUAUUCCGGGUACAAUCAAAUUCUUAUCUUCCCGGAUGACCAAGAGAAAACAACUUUCACAUGUCCUUAUGGAACGUUUGCUUAUCGGAGGAUGCCUUUUGGUCUUUGUAAUGCACCGGCAACAUUUCAACGAUGUAUGACUUCCAUCUUCGCCGAUAUGAUUGAAGAUAUUAUGGAAGUCUUCAUGGAUGAUUUUUCGGUAUUCGAGGACUCUUUUGAGAUGUGCUUAAAUAAUCUUGAACGAGUGUUGACCCGGUGUGAGGAGACCAAUCUAGUCUUAAAUUGGGAGAAGUGCCAUUUCAUGGUAGAAGAGGGAAUUGUCUUGGGGUUUUAUCGACGAUUCAUCAAAAAUUUCUCUUCCAUUGCUCGUCCUUUAACUAAUUUGCUUGUUAAAGAUAUUCCUUAUGAAUUUACUAAUGAUUGCCUUGUUGCUUUUUCUAGGUUGAAGGAAGCCCUUAUCUCGGCCCCAAUUAUUUCAUCACCCGAUUGGACUCUUCCUUUCGAACUCAUGUGUGAUGCAAGCGAUAUAGCACUUGGGUGCGUAUUGGGGCAACGGAGGGAGAAAAAGCUUCAUGUGAUAUACUAUGCAAGCCGAACAUUGGCGGGUGCUCAACUCAAUUACACCACCACCGAAAAAGAGAUGCUUGCGGUGGUGUUCGCAUUGGAUAAAUUUCGGUCGUACUUACUUUGCUCUAAGGUUAUCAUCUAUACGGACCAUGCGGCCCUUCGAUACCUUUUUGCAAAGCAAGAUGCUAAACCGAGACUAAUCCGAUGGGUGCUUCUUAUGCAAGAGUUUGACAUCGAAAUUCGCGACAAGAAAGGACCGGAGAAUGUCGUCGCCGACCACUUGUCAAGGUUAGAGAUUCCGGAACCAAUUAUAAGUGGCGUAGAGAUUAAUGAAACGUUUCCGGAUGAGAUGUUGAUGGUACUUUCGGAAGUGGAAACGCCAUGGUAUGCGGAUAUCGCAAACUAUCUAUCUUCCGAAAUAAUGCCACCGGAUUUGACUUACCUCCAAAGGAAGAAGUUCUUGAGCGAUGUGGAACUUUUCGAUGUGUGGGGAAUAGACUUCAUGGGUCCUUUUCCUAUGUCGUUUGGAAAGCAAUACAUAUUGGUGUGCGUAGAUUACGUUUCAAAAUGGGUAGAGGCGGAAGCAUUACCCACUAACGAUGCCAAAGUAGUGUUGGAUUUUCUCAAACGUUUGAUGAAUCGAUACGGGACCCCUAGAGCGAUAAUAAGCGACGGUGGAUCUCACUUUUGCAAUAGGCAAUUCGAUGCCUUGAUGCGGAAAUAUAAAGUCUAUCAUCGGGUCGCUACUCCGUACCAUCCUCAAACAAGCGGGCAAGUUGAAGUUUCUAACCGUGAGCUAAAGAGAAUUCUAGAGAAAACGGUUAAUAACACAAGGAAAGAUUGGUCACUGAAACUAGAUGAUGCAUUAUGGGCAUAUCGUACGGCUUUUAAAACGCCCCUCGGAAUGUCUCCAUAUCGUAUUGUUUUUGGGAAAGCAUGCCAUCUUCCGGUGGAACUUGAACAUAGAGCGUAUUGGGCCAUUAAAAAGCUCAAUUUUGACCUUAAAGCGGCGGGGGAGAAACGUAUGCUUCAACUCAAUGAGUUGGACGAAUUUCGGUUAAAUGCCUAUGAAAACGCCAAGCUUUACAAAGAAAAGACGAAACGAUGGCACGACGCUCAUAUCGUGCCUAAAACGUUUGUGGAGGGCUCUUUUGUCUUGCUCUACAACUCACGCCUCAAAUUAUUUCCCGGGAAAUUAAAAUCCCGUUGGAGCGGUCCAUUCAAAAUUCGAACGGUGGCAAGUCAUGGAGCUUUGGAAUUGGAGAAUUCUAGUGGUAUAUAA